AUGUCAGAAUUGACUUCCCAAGAGUAUGCUUCCUCUGUCUCUUUUCGACCGGAAUCGAGAAUUUAUUUUCAUUUCUGUCUGCUUGUUAAAUUUGUUUUUCUUUUAAUUUUCCAUUUUAAUGCUUCCAGUGCAGACAUUAUGACCUCGCCAAGUCUCUCUCUCUCUCUCUCUCUCUCUCUCUCUCUCUCUCUCUCUCUCUCUCUCUCUCUCUCUCUCUGUUCAAUCUGUUUCUGUGACUCCGGGGAGUGGGAAGGAGUUCAAGAGGGAACGCGGAAAACUUGCCUUCAUUUUCUGCUGAGCACCUGCAGUGCGGAAGUGAGUAGGGCUGAAGUCGCGUAUGAAUGUCAAGUAACGCAGCGCACCCUGUCUUCUUCCGACUUCAUCUCGUAUUUACCUACACCUGAAAUUAUCUAUCUAUCUAUCUAUCUAUCUAUCUAUCUAUCUAUCUAUCUAUCUAUCUAUCUAUUUUCAUGUUCCAUUUAA